UCGGGGCCGCGGGGGGGGGGGGGCCUCGCUGCAGCUGCCGGAGCCGCCAUCGCCGCCGCGAUGCCGAAAGGAGGUAGAAAAGGAGGCCACAAAGGCCGAGCGAGACAGUACACAAGCCCUGAAGAGAUCGACGCGCAGCUCCAAGCAGAAAAACAAAAGGCAAGGGAAGAAGAGGAGCAAGAGGAAGGGGGAGAAGGAGCAACAGGGGACCCCAAAAAAGAGAAGAAAUCUUUAGAUUCAGAUGAGAGUGAUGAAGAUGAUGAGGAUUAUCAGCAAAAGCGCAAAGGAGUGGAAGGGUUGAUAGACAUAGAGAAUCCCAAUCGUGUAAUUCAGACAACCAAAAAAGUAACUCAGCUGGACCUGGAUGGACCUAAAGAACUCUCACGGCGAGAGCGAGAAGAAAUAGAGAAACAGAAGGCAAAAGAGAGAUACAUGAAAAUGCACCUAGCUGGUAAAACAGAACAAGCGAAGGCAGAUCUUGCCCGACUAGCCAUUAUUCGGAAGCAAAGGGAAGAAGCUGCCAGAAAGAAAGAAGAGGAAAGAAAAGCAAAAGAUGAAGCGGCUAUGGCAGGUAAAAGACUGCAGUCUCUAUCCCUUAACAAGUAAGCACAGGACAUGCAAGAGGAGGAAACACCAGGGAACUGUGCCUGGUGCCUGCCAGGAACUCUGUUGUGUUGCAUACCAUAGACGCCACAUAGGAUGUACUGCGGCAUCGAAGUCACCUUCACCUCCAAGAGACACUGACGAUGUGUUUGUCUUCAUCCUGGCACAGAUUUCCAUUUUGGGGUUAGGGGCAGCUGCUAUCUUUGGUGCAGAACUGUGCUGAACAGCAAUUCUCUGUAACAGUUUGGAAACCUGAAUGUUUUUGCUGUUUUUAGGAUUAAGAACUCAUAGACAGGGGGCAGGGCGGGAGGGAGCCGUGUGGGAGGGGAGAUGCUUCGAAUAUUAGAUUGCAAGAAACUAGAUUGUGGGGUCAUUGUGGGGUGGGGCUUGGGGUGGGGAACUUUGACUUGCUAGUGAAAGCCCAAAGGGUAAUAUAUCUGAGGAAACCUUUUGGGCGAGUGGCCCGUAAAGUUGAGCUGCAGAAUGUUGCAGUAUAAUCUGGGAGCCUGAGUUCAUGGACACCUGGAGUGCUGUUCCUUCCCGCUUUCAUCCCUCCUUUCUUGCUGCCGAUCUUCCCUUUUCCCUCCUCUUCCUUUUUUUCUGCUCCUGAUUAGGGAUAGUGCCAGUUUUUAACCACAUCAUCCUUUGUUUAAAGGAAGAAAAAGAACCAUUAAUUGUACCAGACCCAGAUGGAAGAAAAAAAAAAAACAAAACUCGAUAAAGUUAAAAAAACAAAACUUGUAUAUUUGGCUGAUUAAAACGUAAAUUAUCAUAACUGCUUUGUCCUUGUCGCCUGUGUUAAAUGAACGUGAGCGUAAAGGCUGCUGCUGAGACGUAAGAUGCAGCCUGAGUCUCCUGUUGUGGUGACUUCCGUCUGCUGCUUUGCUGGUUCUCUGUGCUGCUUGUGGUGUUGAAUUUGUCUAGGGCUCUGGAGCUCCGUCAGCAGACGCAGCCUGAAGGCAGGAAGCUUUUCCGGCUCGUCUCCGAUGGAUGUCUUUCACAAUUUGGUUACCACAGUGGCAGAGACGUUUAUCUUCAGGCUGCUUUCUAACCUCUUCGCUGUGUCCGAAGGCCUCGCACUGAACUGUCGCCUGGCAGCCACCCUGCUCCAGAGGGAAGGGCUGCCGGAGCUGGAGGUGCUCUAAGGCGGUAAGCGGUGCAGGGAGCCCUGCUGCUCGCCGGUGCUGGGGGCACCAGCACUUCCUGGGCUCGCUGUCAGUUGUUUAAGGCUGUAGAACUGAGCGGGGUGAAGGGAGCUCUCUAGGAGUCGCUGGUGGAUGUUUUGAUCACAGAGGUGCUUUGUGGAGAUGCAGAGUGACAAACACUGUGAUUUGUUCUGUGUGAAUGUGCCAUUCACGCCUGGCUUCAAGGACUUAGUCAUGAGGGUGUGGUGGGGAGGAACAUCACUGUGGGAUGAUGGCUCCAGCCCCACUGGGACCCUGUUGUCCUGGUGCAGAUGCUGUUGUCCUGGUGCAGAUGCGCUGGGUCACCUCUGCGUGUGUUGAAGAGCCCCCAGGCUGUUCCCCCAGCUUGGGCUGUAGUUGCACUAAAGCAAUGAUUUGGGGCAGGAUAUAUUUUCAGGGAGCUCUGUGACGUGAGUGAUACCAGCAGAGAUGCCCUUGUUGUUGGGAUUAAGAGGGAAAAACUGAUAUGAUGGGGACAGAGGAUUGGUUAUAAAUAUUUGGAGAGAGCCUUGUAGCAAAGAGGAGGCAGAUGGAGCAAGGUGGGGGGAGGUAAUGGGGUGAUGCCUGGGACUGAGCAGGGCAGGAGCCACAAAUGGAGGGAGAGCUGGGAGCAUGGGAUCGAUCGCAUGUAGAAAUGAGCAAAAAAAUCUAUUCCCUCUCAAACUGGUCUGUCACUCAUGUCUGGAGCAGAACCUAAAUGUCACCAUCCUGCUGCUGCCAGUGAGAACUCCUCUCCCAAGGCCAGUGGUGGAAGUGACUUGUCUAGAUAAGGGCUGGUCUGCUUCGAGGGACGGCAGCAGGACCAGCUUUUAACCUGAGCUUCCGCAUGGAGAGCUGAUCCCAAGAGGGAGGUACCAGGUUGCACAGGGCAGAUUCUUUUUUCUUUUUGAUGGUAAACGUAGGACUCCCCUUGCAAGAAUGCUUGGUUUAACACAGGGCAGCACUUUUGCUGGCUAGGCAGCGCCAGAGGUGUUACCUGCCCAUCCGCUCCCAGCCCCAUCCUGGUUCUUCCGUCUUUGCCAAGGCUCUCUUACCAACUGCUUCAUCGCUACUUUAUAUCCUGUAUGUAAUGUGUGAGCGUGCCUGUUUACCACAUGCGAUUAAACUUGCUGCGAAACAGAA